CAUGUCCUGACCUUGCGGGUGUGGUAAAAUAAAUAUUGUGGAUCUAUCGCGCUAUAUUUUAUAAUGUCUGACAACGGAUCUCUAAUACAAAAGACUCUGGCAGCGAAUCACUUAUCGAAUGAUCACCAAAAUAUACAAUAUUUAGAAGAUGGAACAGUCGAAGUUAUUGACACCUUAUCAAAAGAGGAAUAUUACAAGAGUUUACGUCGUCGUGGCACUGAAAGCAGUAGCCAGAAUACAAAACAUUAUGGAUUAUCUAGUCAGCUGAGUUUGGAAACGUCUCAUGGAGGCACACUGCGUUCGGGAUUCGGUAAACGUAAACGUACGCUUCGUGAUUUCAAACCAUCUGGAAAAGAAGAGUUGUGUUAUGUUCUCAUGCUAGAAGGAGUGGAGAAAACGUACACUAUUGAUAAAAAUGCUUAUGGGUUUCAUUUAUUUGAAAAAGUUUGUAAACAGUUGGAUUUACAAGAAACGGAAUACUUUGGCCUGACGUAUCGGACCAGCCUUCGUGUAGAUAACUGGUUGAAGCUUGAUAAACGCAUAGCUAAACAAGUGGAAAAAGUACCAUGGAAAUUGGAAUUUCGUGUACGUUUCUACCCGCCAAAUAUAGAUGAAUUCAAAGACGAUUUAACCCGCUACUUCUUUUGUUUACAAUUAAGGCAGGAUAUUAUCUCUGGACAACUUCCAUGUUCUCAUCACACAUAUGUGAUUCUUGGUGCUUACGUGGUACAGUCAGAUGCUGGAGAUUAUGAUCCCAACACCCAUAUUGGCACUGAUUAUAUUGCCAAUAUUCCCUUCGCUCCACAACAUUUACAAACAUCAAAAAUGCUUCAACAGAUUGUUGAAUUACACAAACUUCACAAAGGACAAACUCUAGUUCAGGCUGACCGAGGGUUUUUGGAAAAUGCUAGACGACUUUCACUGUAUGGAGUUGAAUUUCACAGGGCCAAGACAAAUACUGGUGAGAGUGUAUGUCUGGGUGUAUAUCACGGAGGAAUAUUAUUGUAUCAUGGUAUGCUACGCAUGAACCGAUUUCUCUGGCCACAAAUUGUAAAAUUAUUGUAUAAAUCAAAAACUUUCAUUUUGGUCGUCAGAUCAAUGAGCAAAGAAACAUUGAGUAAACGCGGAACAUUAAGAAGGACUUUUUCACCUGUUGGUUUGAAAGGAUCUGACAGAAGAGCAAGUAGUUCAGAGGACACGGGUCAUGAUAUCACAUUAACGUUCCAAUGCACUGAUGCACGUCUAGCCAAAAGACUAUGGGAUUCUUGCACCACACAACAUUCCUUCUUCCGACUGCGUGAUACACCUGGACCUCAGCGACCUAACCUUACAACCGCCUUCAGUAUGCGAAAAUACCAUUUCCCAAGUAAAACAUUUGACGCUCAAUCAAGACAACCUAGUUCUGAGUGGAUAACACGACAACAGCCUCCUAUCAAACGUGUGCAAGCUCAGAGAAAACCACCUAAUUACAAUAAAACUCCUUCAACUAGUCCACCACAGUUACGAAAUCAAGUAUCUGGAAGUGUUGCACCAGUUGCUUACGGAGAAGAACCUGAUCAGUAUUACUUAAUGCCUGGAUCACCAUCUCCCUUGCCUGCUAAUUCAGUGAAUGUGGAAAUUUUACAAAAUCUGCCCCCAGCAUAUCGUAAACCAGGUCCAAUCAGAGUGCCUCUACCAGAAGAUCAUUGGCAGAUGUCAGCAGCUGAUUGUACACAAGGUUUAGGAAGAAAUAUUGACGGAACGGACAUAGCUGCAAUGCCAGAUACAGAAUGGCAGGGUUGUCGAACAAACUGGGGUCUGAAGUGGCCGGGAGCUUAUUAUUAUGAAGCCUGUAUGUUGGAGGAGGGUCAGGUACGUUUAGGUUGGUCAACAAAUGAUGCAAGCCUAAUACUUGGUACAGAUUCCAAAGGAUUUGGAUAUGGAGCUGAUGAUACAGGAGCUGGAUCAGCUGCUAAUUCAUGUCCUGUAGGAAAGUUUAUCAAUGCCAAUCGUUCAAUUGAUUAUGGAAUGCCGAUUGUGCCAGGUGACAUAGUUGGGUGUUACCUAGAAUUAAAUCCAGAUGCUACUGAGGAUUACAAAUUCAUAGAUAUACAUUACAGUUAUAAUGGUCGAAUGUUACAGACGCCGAACUUCAAAGUGGACGAAACACUUACUGUGGAUACGGCAUUUUUCCCUGCUGUUUCACUCAAAAAUGCUAGAGUUGAAUUAAAUUUUGGUGACAAACCGUUCAGCUUUCCACCGAAAACCACAUCAUUAUCUGGUAAACCCUGGGUAGCAGUAUCACAUGUUCCUAGCACAUCAGUGGUAUCCAAUCAGAAUGUUGGUUGGCGUGUUAAUCCGAAUGACGUAACCUCAAGUACAAAUUUGUUAGUUUCACCCAACGGUCGAUUUGUACAAGCUGUAGAAAAUACUGGAUGGCAAGGUUUUCGAGUAAAUAAGGGAAUACUUGGUGACAGAGCUUAUUACUAUGAAGUAAGGAUUGUUGAAGAUUCCGGAUUGGCGCGUAUCGGCUGGUCUUUUGAAAACGGAUCGUUAGAUCUUGGAGUUGACUGUUUCGGAUAUGGUUAUGGGGCUGAUCGAGACGGCUUUGGCAUAAAUGGUUCACAAGGAAAGAAGCUGCACGGAGAUGUCAUUGAAAAUUACGGUGAAGCUUUUCGUAAAGAUGAUGUUAUUGGCUGUUUCUUGGACCUGGGUAAUGGAAUAAUACAAUGGUCAAAAAAUAACCGCUUAUUUGGUCCAGCUUAUGAAAUUGAUAAGAAACUAUUAAAGAGUAAUGAACCAAUUUAUCCAGCUGCCUCUUUAGUGGACACUACAUUAGAGUUGAAUUAUGGAGACUUACCAUUUAAAUAUCCACCAGAAGAUGACUGGACCCCACUGUUUGCAGCUUCAGACGAAUGUGUAUACGAAUCAACUAGAUGGCCUAGUCCUAAUACAAUCAAACUUAAUAGUCAUUCAGAGAAGCCUUCGACUACGCAUAACUUACAAGUAGAAACGAAUUCUCAACUUGGAGAAGGAAUGAGUUCAAAUUCAUCCUACGCUAGAAAUCAUACUCAGAAUAAUAGUACUAAUAACAGUAAUGACACUAGUAGUAGUCCUAGUAAGAUGCAUGAAAUGCAUACGGGAGAAAUACGCAUCGAUUCACCGUCAUCAAGUGACCAGCAAGAGGAUGAAGUGCGAACAUUUCUAGAGGCUAAUGACCCACUUACGGAAAAUCAUUUGGGUUCCCUUUGUAAUGCUGCAUACACAACACAUGCAACUACGGAACGAUUCGAAUUAGAAGUUAAAAGCAAAGCUAGCGAGACAUAUCACCGAAAUUCUGUGUCACACGUACAUGCGGACAUUGUAAGUUUUAGUACUCCAUCUAUAUAUUUUAUAGUUACCUAUUAGUAAUUUAUGAGUAUUUGGUAUUAGUGGUGUUAGAGUUAGAGUCAUACAAAUAUCAUUUUCAAUUUUAAAAAAGAAAGGUACAUGAACACACAUCUUGGCUUAGAUAAUACGUUUACUAUAUCAGUUUGUGUUUCAUAUAAUAUAUGAAUGCUUCUAUUCAGGUCAUAGUAGUGCCGAAACCACUUAUUCAGAUAACUGAUACAAUAAUGUUGUUAAACCACUUAUGCUACUGUUUUGUUGGUAAGUAAUAAAAUAAAUGAUUUUCAUUCCAUCACCAACACUUUCUAACCACUAGGUUACUCCAGUAAACAUCAGUCCUGAAUGUUGUGACAGCAUCACUGCAAUGGUGGACUGCGAUUUCGUAAGUAUUCUGAUACUAAAAAUCUGGCUAUCUUAAAAGCUAACAACUACAUUGCUUUUAUCUUAUAGUAUCCGCUUUUAUUCUUUUUCAUCUGACGCCUGGCCAACUUACAGGCCUUAUAACCUUCAAAUAUACAGUAUUAGAAUAUUAAUUACUAACAGUUAUUAUGAACGGGAAAUGUAUAACAUAAUGAACCAUAUCAACACCUUAUUUUGCAUUUGAGUUUGAAAAAAAUCAUACAUUAGUGUGUCGUACAAUAAAAUGUAUGAUUGAAUACUGACACCCAAAGGUCACUGAAAGGAAAUUCACACAUUUGUUUCACCAGUGAAAUAGCGGGAAUUUUGACUGUAAAAUAUGGAGUGAAAACAAAAGAAAACAUUGCAAAAGAAAGUAACUAACUAUGAUGAAACUGACAACAAAAUAAUCCGACUUUAAAAUCCGUGAGAUACCAGAGUUUCAAGUUCUCUAACCAAGUUUUCUUUUCUAAGUAGGUAAAGUACAAUAAGUUUCUUAUCAGUUUCCUGUAUUUGCUACAGUUCAUUGUCUGAACUGUAAUUGAUUACGAAACACUAGUUGAAAUACAUUACUUCGUUUUUACAAAAUGAUGUAAUAAUGACAGUCAGUUUACUGGGAAUAAAAGUGCUCUUGGACAAUUUCUUUAAAACCUAGUAAUAUCCACCGAGUCUUGUUUAAUGUCUAUUGAUUUAAUAGUCAUUCUAGUUCAUUGCUUUUUCACAAAAUUCUUCUCAUAAAACAGAUGUAAACUUAUUAAUCAGUAAGUUUAAGAAAUUACUCACCAAAAUACAGAAUUCAAUAUUGUUUGAAAGCAACGACAUUUUGGAGUGGAUAGCCUUUCUUAGCUUUGGAAGUCAAAACAAAACCUGUAACAAAUAUUUUGCGAUAGAAAUCUAUAGUGUCACUAUACAAAACAAAAGCUCACUGGCCUUUAUUUUGAGUUUUUGGAACCACUACUACUUGAGAAUUGUUGUUAAGUGCUUUGCAAUUUGCAUGAUGGAAAAUAAUAUGGGUUUCUUUUUGAGUGGUGACAAGAGAUGGAACUCAGAGCAUGCUUCUCAUCUAAUUUGAGAUUCGUCAGAUUCAUGCCCCUACUCUACACUGAAUCAUAUCAAUCCCACUCAAGCGCGAGCCAAGAACCUACCACUUCAGAUCCAAAAGCGCUACUCACUGGGUUACUGAGCUUUGGUAGUCACUCCUUCUGCAACCGGUAUGACUGGAUGCGAAAUCAAAGUGUGAGCUAGAAAUAAAAUAAUUUCAGGGAGAAUUUUCUCAUUUGGCUAUAAUGUGGGUAAACAUGCAAACUGUUUUCUGUCCACUAACUUUUAGUCAUCCACUUUAGAACCUCUAGUUUUCUAAAUGAAAUUGUAUGCACCUGCUAACCUACCUUUUAUUUAAUAUAUCAUUUUAAAAUCCAGAAUUUUUUACAUAAAAAUUUUUAGAGUAACUGCAGAUUUAGAAAAAUUCCAUCCAUUCAUUCAUUCAUUUUCCUCGCACUAACUAAAUUUAUUUUUG